GGUUUUUGAUGCUACCAAACAGCAGUGUUUAAAUUGAUCUGCUCCGCAGCCUCAUAUCUCUCCCUCUUUCUAUCCCCUUUCGCGCAAUACUCUCGAUUCACCAUGGCUGUUGGAAAGAACAAGCGGAUUUCCAAGGGAAAGAAGGGUGGAAAGAAGAAAGCAGCCGAUCCGUUUUCGAAGAAGGAUUGGUAUGAUAUCAAAGCGCCAUCUCUGUUCAGCACUAGGAAUGUUGGCAAAACCCUUGUUACACGUACUCAGGGUACAAAGAUUGCUUCAGAAGGUCUCAAACAUCGUGUGUUUGAGAUAUCUUUGGCUGACCUCCAAAAUGAUGAGGAUCAUGCCUACAGGAAGAUCCGCUUGAGAGCUGAGGAUGUUCAAGGGAAGAACGUUUUGACCAACUUUUGGGGCAUGGACUUCACUACCGACAAAUUGAGAUCUCUUGUGAAGAAAUGGCAAUCUUUGAUUGAGGCCCAUGUUGAUGUGAAAACCACAGACAGCUACACUUUGAGGAUGUUCUGCAUUGGCUUUACCAAGAAGCGUGCCAACCAGGUGAAAAGGACCUGUUAUGCACAAUCUAGCCAGAUUCGACAGAUUCGUCGCAAAAUGAGGGAGAUAAUGGUAAACCAGGCACAAUCUUGUGACCUGAAAGAACUGGUGCAAAAGUUCAUCCCGGAGUCAAUUGGCAGAGAGAUUGAGAAGGCUACAUCCAGCAUCUACCCUCUACAGAAUGUCUUUAUUCGCAAAGUUAAGAUCUUGAAGGCGCCCAAGUUUGAUCUUGGCAAAUUAAUGGAGGUUCAUGGAGAUUAUUCAGAAGAUGUUGGUGUUAAGAUGGAGAGGCCUGCAGAGGAGGAGGUACCAGAAGCAACUGAGGUAAUUGGUGCCUGAAAGAGUUACUUAAUUAUUCUCUUUUUUACAACCCAGACGUUAAACUUUCUGUUUCGAGACGUUAGUGAUGUGUUUUUCUCCUUGAAUUAGAUGUGCAAUUUUGUAGUUGUAUGUCUUUGAGGAUUUGCUGUAUAUUUUGAAGCCAUAUAAAGCUUUAUCAUGCUUUUUGACUUCUAAUUUUAUGCAAAAGUUUGCUCAGACGUUCUU